AUGGUCGUUCCUUACGCUGCCCGUGGAGCUGUCCACAUCCGACCACGUCACCGCCAUCCGCUGCAUGACCUCCUUGCCUCCUUCACGGGCUACCCACUCAACGAGGUGCUCGGAUGCAACAUGCGGGUCUUCCAGGGAGCCGCUGCCGAGCGCGCCGCUGUUGCCGAGGUGCACGAUACUUAUAAUUUGAGUGUUGUUGGCACAGCCUGA